CCCGCCCCCCGCAGGGCCCGCAAAGACGCACAGCACGACCGCGACCGCGACCGCGAGUCCGCGUGGGGCAGGUCGAAGCUCCUCUCCCGCCUCCUCACGCGCGACGAGCGCGACGUCGCCCACGUCCGCACCAUGCUCGCCCUCACCUCCGAGCGGCUCGCGCACGAGACGCGCCGCGCGGACGACGCGGAGGCCCGCAUCGCGGACGUGCUGCACCAGUUCCGCGCGGCCCGCGAGACGGCGCUGCACGCCCAGGCGGACGCCGCGCGCGCGGCCGAGGAGCGUAGCCCGCCCCGCGCGACGAACACCACCGUGUCAGUGUCAAUGUCGGACGGCAGCCCCAUAGCCGCACCCUCUCCCAUCCGCCCCCCCUCGCGGCCCCCCGCUGCCACGCCCGAGCCCAUCCCCAUACAAGACCCCGGCCGCAGCCGCUCACGCGUGCGCAACGAGGGGCCCAUCGUCCCCGUCCCCGUACACAACCCCGUGCCGUCGCCCUCGCACCCCCCGGUGGACGUCCCGCCGGACAACUACAUCCCCUAUAUGAGCAGCGACCACAUCAUGGCCCUGCCGCCGCCGCACGAGCUCGCGCGGCCCGUCGCCCCGCGUUCGCCCAGCCCUGGCGCCGCGCGUGACGAUCCUGGGGUUCGCUCACGCGACGACCUUGGGGUUCGCUCGCGCGACGACCUUGGGGUUCGCUCGCGCGACGAUCCCGGGGUCCGCUCGCGUGACUUUGCGUACGCGCACGACGCGGCGCCCGCCCAGAUGCAGCGCGCGAUUCCUAACGCCCCUUUCUCCCCGCAGUCCAGGACGUCGACCAAUAUCUCGCAGUACGACCUCGUCAGCGCGCGCAACGCCAGAUCGGCCGCGAGCGGAGGCGGAGGCGGAGGCGGCGGCAGGGACGCGCUCGCGGGCCUGCGGCAGAUGAUCGGCGCGGUGCGGCCGCAGUCGAGGAGCGAGAGGUCGCGCGUGCGCGAGAGAGAGAGGGCUGCGAGGGAGGACGUGUCAGAGCCUGUCAGACGCGAGCGGGAGUCGUCUUUGGAACGCCAGCGUAGAUCGGGUGCUGGGACACCGCUAGAACGCUUGUUCAAGAAGCGCUUCCGGACGCGCCAGUCCGGAAGCAGCGGCGGUGUCCCCGACAUCAUGGUGGAGUCGCCAACCACUGCCACGGUUUCCCGGACCUCGACGGUCGCCGCCGCCAACCAGCCGCAUCUAUUGAGUCCAGAGAUGCACCAGCAGACCCUGCCGCCGCCCGCUGACGAUGCAGAUUUCUCUGACCCGCGGCCUCUGCCCCCGUUGCCCGAGUUCUACCUCACCACGCCCAGCGCCGUCGGCGUCUCAGAUGCCAGUGAGCAGCAGCUGCCCGCCGGCUUCGUGCCCAUGAGCGCCGAUGACUUCCCAGACGACCCUGCAAUGCAGUUCGCCUCGCCUAAACCACUGGCAGGCGCGAAGGGGCCCACUUACGAGGUCGCGCCAAUACCCCCUGGCGUGGUCUAUCCCGACCCGCCGGGGAGGCGGAGCGCCACGCCUGGAAGGAGGAGCGCUACGCCUGGGAGGAGGAGUACCACGCCCCACGCCGUGGCGCUCCCGCCGUCACCGUCCAGCACGCCGAGCCCCCGGCGCCGGCGCGGCAGCCUGAGCGGCCAUUUGUCGCCCCUGUCGCUCCCGCUCGCGUUUGUGGCGUCUCCUUCUUCCCCUCAAUGUAUGGUACAAGUGUCCGAAAAGAUUGAUACAUGCCCCAUCAGUGCGAUCGAUAUGAAGAGCAUGACAAAGUCUGUAUGA